UAAUGGAAAAUAUUUGCAUAUGCACAUGCAAUAGUUCAAGUCAAUAAGUGGAAACUCCGUACGAUCUUUUUCUUAAAUGUGCAAUGGACUUCGCAUAAAUGGGGUGGUGACAGCUUUUCUUUUAAGCUGCUGCGAAUCUCGAUAACUUACCUCACCCAUGAGAACCCCUUUAAUUUGUUUGUUUUAAUUUGCAAGACAAAAAAGGUGGAGAUGGUCAUGGUGUUAAUGUUGGAGCCAUUCUUUGCUCCAUCUCGAGGCAACUUAAUUUUUUUUAAAGGCAAUAAAGUAAUCCCAUUUCUUCAUUAAUAGUUUAGUCUUCAUUUGCAUUGCAAUGAAUGUUCUCUAUUGUUUAAUCUUGGGGUUUAUCAGCUGGAGAAGAGCAGCUACAGAGUUUGAAGCAAAUUUCCUGAGUAACUGUUCUACCCUGGUAUAGUCAAAAUCAAAAUGGCGGUGGCUGAUUUACAAGGAUUCAUGUCAAUGUCUUAUCCGAUGCAAUCAACGCGCCAUAACAUGUUUCUUUCAUCCCCAUUUGUUGGACAAAAAGGAGGCAUUGGGUAUCCAUACAGCUCUGAUUCUGGUAUUCAAAUAGGGAAGAUCAAUUUCCCUAGGAAAAUGCAUUCUACUACCAGACGCUUCUUGACUACUUCUGUCCUUGCUGAUGUUACAAAAGAUUUCACGAAUUUCCAGGCACCGAUUCUUGAAAAACCAGAAGCAGACCCGAAGACUGUUGCCUCUAUUAUCUUAGGUGGUGGAGCGGGAACAAGACUUUUUCCUCUUACUAAUAGAAGGGCUAAGCCAGCUGUACCAAUCGGGGGAUGUUACAGACUGAUAGAUGUCCCAAUGAGCAAUUGCAUAAACAGUGGCAUUAAUAAAAUAUACAUCCUCACGCAGUUCAAUUCUCAAUCACUCAAUCGUCACAUUGCUAGAACAUAUAAUUCAGGGAAUGGUGUAAACUUUGGUGAAGGGUUUGUUGAGGUAUUAGCAGCUACUCAAACACCUGGGGAAUCUGGAAAGAGGUGGUUUCAGGGCACAGCUGAUGCUGUUAGGCAAUUUAUCUGGUUGUUUGAGAAUGCAAAGCACAGGAACAUUGAGAAUAUUCUGAUAUUAUCUGGUGAUCAUCUCUAUCGGAUGGAUUAUAUGGACUUUUUGCAGAAGCACAUUGAUUCAGGUGCUGAUAUAUCUGUCUCUUGCCUCCCUGUAGAUGACAGUCGAGCCUCUGAUUUUGGGUUGGUAAAGAUUGAUGAGAAAGGACGAAUCACACAAUUUAUUGAGAAGCCCAAGGGUGAAAAUUUGAAAUCCAUGAGAGUAGAUACAACUCUUCUCGGAUUAUCAGUUGCAGAUGCAAGGAAGUUCCCAUACAUUGCAUCAAUGGGCAUAUAUUUGUUCAAGACAGAUGUUCUGCUAAAACUUCUCAGGUGGCAUUAUCCAGCGGCCAAUGAUUUUGGAUCAGAAAUUAUUCCAAUGGCUGCUAGAGAUUACAACGUUCGGGCAUAUCUAUUCAACGACUACUGGGAGGAUAUUGGAACUAUAAAAUCUUUCUUUGAUGCCAACUUGGCGCUAACAGAUCAGCCUCCUAAGUUUCACUUCUAUGAUCCACUCAAGCCAAUCUUCACGUGUCCCCAGUUUCUACCACCAUCUAAAAUAGAGAAGUGUCGGGUCAAGGAUUCCAUAAUAUCACAUGGUUGCUUUUUAAGGGAGUGCAGUGUUGAACAUUCCAUUGUGGGGAUUCGCUCAAGACUAGAAUAUGGGGUUGAGCUGAAGGACACCAUGAUGAUGGGUGCUGACUAUUACCAAACUGAGGCAGAGAGAGCAGCCUCCUUAGCUGAAGGCAAAGUUCCAAUAGGCGUCGGGCAAGAUACCAAAAUUAUGAACUGCAUAAUUGACAAGAAUGCAAGAAUUGGGAAGAAAGUGAUCAUAGCAAACAAGGAUCAUGUUGAAGAGGCAGAAAGGUCAUCUGAAGGGUUCUACAUUAGAUCAGGAAUAACAGUGAUCUUGAAAAAUUUCAUAAUAAAGGACGGGACGAUCAUAUAGGACUUUCUUUUUUUCUUUUAAAAUUUAUUUUUAAAAAAUUUCUAGCAAGUGAAGGCAAAAGGGAGCAUCGGAGAUGCAUACUUGUAUAUAUAGAAGGGACAGUUUUAGGUGGAAUAAGCUGCGUUGCACGAUUGAUAAUGUACUGUUUUUGGAUUAUAGUUUGAAUCCCAUUCCCAUGUUCCUUGCAGCAGAAAUAGAGUAGCUACUUUCUUUUCCUCUGGAUGGAAACUACAAAUAAAGUCAAUAUAUGUGUUCUCAUUCCUA